CAGCGCUGAGACUGCGGGUGGAUGGAGAACAUGGACUUCGCCUGCCUCUGGCUAGGGGUGCUCCUGCCUGUGGUAGCUACGCUGGAUUUCAGCUACCACCACCAGGAAGAGAUGGAAGAGUUUUUGAAGAAUGUUGCCCAAAACUACAGUUCUAUCACUCACUUACACAGUAUUGGGAAAUCUGUGAAAGGCAGAAACCUGUGGGUUCUUGUCGUGGGGCGCUCACCAAAGGAACACAAAAUUGGGAUUCCCGAGUUCAAGUACGUGGCAAAUAUGCAUGGAGAUGAGACUGUAGGGCGGGAACUGCUGCUCCAUUUAAUUGAAUAUCUCGUAACCAAUGAUGGAAAAGACCUUGAAAUCACAAAUUUAAUCAACAGUACCCGGAUACACAUCAUGCCUUCAAUGAACCCAGAUGGAUUUGAAGCUGUCAAAAAGCCUGACUGUUUUUACAGUAAUGGAAGGGAAAAUGGUAACUUCUAUGACUUGAAUAGAAAUUUCCCCGAUGCUUUUGAAUUUAAUAAUGUAUCCAGGCAGCCUGAAACGGUGGCAAUCAUGGAGUGGCUGAAAACAGAGACGUUUGUCCUCUCUGCAAACCUGCACGGCGGGGCCCUGGUGGCCAGUUAUCCGUUUGACAAUGGUGUCCCAGCAACUGGGACAGUACACUCCCGGAGUUUAACCCCUGACGAUGACGUUUUCCAGUAUCUUGCAAAUACCUAUGCUUCCAGAAAUCCCAACAUGAAAGGAGAUCAGUGUAAAAAUAAAAUGAACUUUCCUAAUGGAAUUACAAAUGGCUACUCUUGGUAUCCACUCAAAGGUGGAAUGCAAGAUUACAACUAUAUCUGGGCCCAGUGUUUUGAAAUCACGUUGGAACUGUCAUGCUGUAAAUAUCCUCGCGAGGAGAAGCUUCCCUCCUUCUGGAAUCUUAACAAAGCCUCGUUGAUUGAAUACAUAAAAGAGGUGCACCUAGGUGUAAAGGGUCAAGUUUUUGAUCAGAGUGGAAAUCCAUUACCCAAUGUAAUUGUAGAAGUCCAAGACAGAAAACAUAUCUGCCCCUAUAAAACCAACAAAUUUGGAGAGUAUUAUCUCCUGCUUUUGCCUGGGUCCUAUACACUAAAUGUUACAGUCCCUGGACACAAUCCACACCUCACAAAGGUGAUCAUUCCAAAAAAAUCCCAGGACUUCAGCGCUCUUAAAAAGGAUAUUUUAUUUCCAUUCAGAGGGCAAUUGGAUUCCAUCACAGUAUCAAAUCCUCCUUGUCCUACGAUUCCUCUAUACAGAAAUUUGCCAAGCCACUCAGCUGCAACAAAGCCUAGUCUGUUCUUAUUUUUAGUGACUCUUUUUCACGUAUUGUUCAAAUAUAGCAAAAUGUGAAACUCAACCCCCAUCACCACCUGGAAUCAGGGAUUCCUCAUGCCAGGUUACUGCAAAUCUAAGUCCCUCUGUGGGACAACUGGACAAACUCCACUGGUCCUUCCCUAAGAAGAUAAACAGUUGUCUCCAAAUCCUGCAGCAAGCAAUGUGUGGUGAUAACACAAGGAAAUGAUUUCAUCUUGAUGAAUGGAAGACACCUCGCUAUCAAGUACUACCCACUUACUUACACUUAAUUUUAAAGUAGUCUUAGAAAUUCGUAAGAAGUUAAACUUGAGGAGCAAAAAAGAAGCUCCUGCAAGAAAAAAAAAGGAGCUAUUUUUGUAUACAGAGAGCCAGAUGAAUGUAAGCAAUGAAGAUGAACAUUUAUUGAUCACCUGUUAUAUACAAGACCUUGCUAUGAGUGCUAUAUGUGAAGACAUAGUGCCAUAUAUAACUAGUUCUCAGGGCAGGGAAAACUGGUGGCAGGACUGGGAAUAUUUAGUUUUGUCAAUGUUCUAAGGAAAUUUGAGAGAAAACAGGCAACCAUGUCUCAGUGGCCCAAGAAAAUAUGGGCCUAAUGGGAUGACAGGUUGCUGCUUACAGCCCCAAAACAGGUCAAUAAGUGCCCCUGCCUUUCUGUACCCAGAUGCCACAGUCCUGUUUUGCUGAUAACCCCCAAAUGUGUAACUGUAGCAUCUUGCCUGAGCUUCAGACUUACAUCCAGCUGCCCACCGGACACUUCUCCCUGGGUGUGACACACAGGUACCUCAAACUCAUGUCGAAAAUUGGACAUGCUUUUCUCUCUAGAGCUGCUCUUCCUCCUAUCUUCUCUCAGUUACUGGUACCACCAAACUAGAAACCUGGGAGUCAUCCUUGAUACUUCCUCCCCUCCUUCAUCCAUAUAUUCAGUCAGUCCCUAAAGACUGAUGUUCAUUACAAACAUUGACUGGUUCUGCCCUCUCUCCACGCCUAACACUGCCAAGGUUCAGCCAUCGUAGCUCACCUGCACCACUGCAACGGCCUUACUGGUGUCUUGCUCCCAGCCUUCUCCUCUUCUGAUUCAUCCUCCACACAGCACUGGGGAAAGGGGUGUGUUUAAAACAAAAAUCAACAAUCAACUGCUUGUAGUUCCUAUACACGUACCGUCCUGUUUGUGUCCCCCGUGUCUGGAAUGCCAUUCUGACCCACUACGUUUUCUUUCCACCUCCUUUAAAACUCAGUUUAGGUACCAACUCCCCCAGGGAGGUUGUGGUGUGACCAUCAUCCCAUUUCUUUCCAUUUCACCCCCGCCCAGCCGUUCUGGGGGCCCUUCCUCUGCUUCCCAAAUUAAACAGGUUGCCUCUAUGAUUGGAUUUAGAACAGUGUAUUAUGAUCCUCUAUUUCCACAUGUGAUUUUUCUCUAGUAGAGUGUGAGCUCUUUGAGACCAAGGGCUAUUUGUUUGAAAAUUAGCUUUUAUAUCCUCAGGGCCUAGAACAUAUUAGGACCUGAAUGAAUGAAUGAAUGAAGGCAGGGCUCCAGCAAUCUGCUACUCCCAAUCUCUCCCCAGAAACCUUAUAGGGCUUUGAGUCAUUUUAUGAAACUAGGACCCAUGCUUUGCCGAUUUCCAGCUCAGUAGUAACAGUGUUUUCAUAUAUGUAUGAAGAAAUGAAUUCAAAUACGGUGCUUUUAUAAGACUUUGCAUUUAUCCUAAGGUUCAUAGUAAAGAUAGUAUUUUACCUGUUAACAACACUACAGCUACCUUUUAUCAGAAAACAAAAUUUUUACCAUUAGUACUCAAAUAUAAAGCAAUUGUUUAAUGAGUUAGCCUAACUUAAAACAUUAUAUGUAAGAUUAAGGGGGAGGAAAGCACAAGCAGAUCUCUAAGUGCUGUGUAUUGCUUAUGGAAAAUGAGUUUCCUUGGCUCUUAAAUUGAAAUUUCUGUAGGAUCUAGAAAUGAAACUGUAAUGAGCGUGGUAAAUGCUUAAGAACCACAAAGGAAUGGGAGAUACGUGGGCAUUUCGGAAUUAUUCUUGUGCACAAAAAUCAUGCAUGUUUAAUAUAAACAGAAGUUAUCGUCUUUUAAUCACUUAAAUUGGGCAAUAACCUAAAUAUCUUGAUCAUUUUUAUUUAAAUAAGCCUUAAUUUAUUAUGUACUCGAAAGUAUAUAUUACUAUAACAUUGCAGAAAAUGAUCUUGGUAUAUUACAUACAUAUAAAAGCAUACAAAAUUCGGCUUGAUCUACCAUCAAGCCCCAACAAUUUUCCAAUCCAGCAUUCUGAGUUCUAACUUUUCCUUUUCUAAGAAAUUUUUGAAGGGAUGUGAACCAAAAUCUGAAUUGGUUCAUGAUCCUUAAUGUAAAUUUCUUAAGAAAAUGAUUUUAAAAUCAGGAAUUUUAUCAGAAUCAAACUUAAAAUGAUUUAGACAAUUUUUUUUGGAGAUGAUUACAAAAUCUAAACCAAGCCUGAAUUUAAUUCAGAGCAGGUAUGCGCUACUUAUUUUGCAGCAAGGGCUCUGUGCUCAAAAGUAGUUUGCAGCAAGGGGAAUAGUACCAUAGCAUCCCAGCUACACCCUCCACUAAUCCAGAGGAGAGACCACCAUGGAAUUCUGACUAGAGUCGGACCAGAUCCCCACAUUUCCCUGCGUUAACGUCUUUCCUACUGUUCCCACCCUCACGUGCUCCUCACGUUCUGUAGAACUUUUUGUAUACAGAAACCAACAUGGUAAAGGUUUUCACGUUAGAAGACAGCACGUGGGAAUAAAAUCAUUUAUUAUCAUGAUAAUUUUAUUCCCACGUGCUGUCUUCUAACGCUGUCUUCUAACGAGCCCUGGGUUCAAACCCACCCACCAUUCAAUUUCCUUACCUGUAAAAUGAAGACCUCUGCUUGACUCCGAUUCUCUGGCAGAAGCAGUGGUUAAGUCACACUUUGGUGCCAUUUUUUUGUACUUGCUCAGGUAGAGGAAGUAUAAUUAACCCUAAGGUGGUAAAUAUUUUGAAGGCGGUAUAACUUAUUAAAGACCAAAUCUUUUGCCUCAGAUACAAACAGAAUUGGUCUGAAAACAAACUGGUUAGCUGGAAUGAUCAUUUAGUAAUAUUUAAGGAAACUUUCAUGAAGUAACUUUUUCUGAUGUACCUACUCAAAUUAUGAUGUUAACAUGUAAAUGGUGGGGAAUAUUUUAGAGUAAUGUUAAGUCCCUGCAGAUAAGUCAGUGUUGAUUUUGGUGCUUAAUUUAUCACAUUCAGACGAACUGUUGGAUAUAUCAGAAAUGUUAAAAAAAAAAAAAAA